AUGAAGGCGCUGCACGUGGCGGAGAAGCCUUCAGUUGCACGUCAAGCCGCAGCUGUGCUUGGACAUGGUCGCGCGGAGCGAAAAUGCAGCUGUUCUCCAUAUCACCCCAACUGGUUCUGGUCUGGUGUGUUCGAGUUCAGCGCCAAAGACGGGACGCGCUUCGUGGUCGACGAGCAGGUCUUUACAUCUGUGAGCGGUCACGUCGAGGAGCUAGACUUCGUCACACCUUAUCACAAGUGGAGUGCCUGCGAACCAGUGGACAUAUUUCGGCGGGACCUGGUGCAAACUCGCCGCUUUGUGCCGGAGAGGAACGCAAAGGUGGCGCAGAAUCUGGGGCAACUGGCCCGUACGUGCCAGUACCUUGUGCUCUGGCUUGAUGGCGACUCUGAAGGCGAGGCCAUAUCAGAUGAGGUGCAGCGAAUUUGUAAGCUGCCUCCUAGCAUGGUGUUCCGUGCCCGUUUUUCGGCAGUAACGCCCAGGGACCUUUUCCGAGCCUGCGCUACGCUUGACCGGGUGAAUGCGAAAGUUGUCGAGGCCGUAUGGAUUCGUCAGGAAAUCGACUUGCGUGCUGGGGCCGCAUUCACCAGGUGGCUAACGCGGCACAUACAGCGCCAUUACCCACAAGCGCUCAUUUGCACAUCUGCAAUUGUCGCCUCGCGGCGUAAGGGUGCCUCUGGAACUUCCAACUUAGGGCGGAACGAACGCCUGCAGGGGAGCGGUGUUUCUUCUGCUGACGCUGCUGUGGUGAGCUACGGACCCUGUCAGUUUCCGACACUCGGCCUUGUCGUGGAUCGCUACCGCGAGCGGCGCGAAUUUCAAACGAAGCCCUUCUGGACGAUUCGCAUGCGUAUUCAGACGACUGGCGAUCGAGCCAGCGGGAAUCAAGUCGAGCUUUGCUGGGACCGGGCACGCAUCUUCGACCGCUUUAUUGCAUAUGUCCUUUUUCAGAGGCUCCACGAUGCGGUACGGUUGCCAGGCGCCUUACGCAUGAUCGCUUGUGAGAAGCAACCAGCUCACCGAAGUAGACCGUUGCCGUUAUCGACGGUAGAGCUCCAGAAAGAAGCCUCCAGAAAACUCAAGCUAUCUUCAGCGCAGACUAUGGAAAUAGCCGAGCAACUCUAUCAACAGGGCUAUAUAUCUUACCCCCGAACGGAGACGGAUCGAUUCCCAACAGACGAUCGUGGUAUAUCGAACCUCAAAGCACUCAUUACCCUGCAAUCUGAAGACCAGAGAUGGUCAUUGCUAGCAAAGCGGCUGCUCGAAACCGACGACGUAUCACGUGGUGGGUUCAAAGCACCGCGCGCGGGCAGCCAUGAUGACCACGCGCAUCCGCCUAUUCAUCCUACCAGCGCUGCACCGCCCGGCACCCUGAGCGGCGAUGCCGCCCGACUCUAUGAGUAUAUCGCUCGCAGAUUCCUGGCUUCAUGCUCUGCGGAUGCCAGUGGCGAACGCACCAUCUGGCGUUUCGCCGUCUUUUCGGGUGCAUCGGAGGCGCGUACUGAAGCACCACAGGAGACGUGCAUGUUUCCCGCGAACACGGUCUUAGAGACAUUCACGAGCAAGGGUCUUCGUAUCACGAAUCUGGGCUAUUUGGAAGUUUUUUCUCCAUAUGAGAAGUGGUUGGAAAGCACUUUGCCAGGCGAUUUGGAAUGCGGUGCUGCGGCUCCAGAGCAUUUUUGGCUGACGGAGCUGCGUCUUGAGGAAUCGAUAACAGAGCCCCCCGCGCUGCUCUCUGAGGCGGAUCUCAUCGCUGCUAUGGAUCGCCACGGCAUCGGCACCGACGCGACGAUUGCAGAGCACAUUAAGAAAAUCCAGGAACGUCAUUAUGUGGUGAAACAAAUCAUAGCGGAGGAGCGGCGCCGCCAGUCUCAUCGAGCCGGAACACAGGUGCACGAUGCCGCCGCGAACAGCAGCGACGAGUGCGAUGCCUCACAAGUGACGUCUCGGGCACACUCUGCGACGAGAACGCGGGAACGUUGUGGGCUCGUCUCAAGGAGCAGCGUACAGCGUUUCGUGCCUAUGAAACUGGGCCAAGCUCUCGUCGAAGCAUUUGAAAGCUGUCACGUGCAUUUAGCGCGCCCCAACCUUCGUGCUGAGCAGGAAAGGCGCCAAAAACUUGUCGCCAAAGGAGAAGCCUCUGGGUCAGAGGCACUGGAUGAACUCCUAACGUCUUUUGCGGAAGCGUUCCGACGCCUCGUGCUCGAACGCAGCAAGUUUGAUGCGACGUUCUGCAAGUUCUUUCCGAAAGCAGAGCCUCCUUCGCUUUUGCGUGCUCCUGCCGCUCUAGAACUCACUCAGAGCAGCGUAAGACGUUCUUGUGUUGUGCCCACGGACGAAUCGAAUGCGAACGAAUAA